AUGGGUCCGUCCAUGAGCAAGCCGCAGUACCAGCACCAGCUUCUGCCGCAAGCAGCGCCGCUGCCUCCGCCGCCUCCGCCUCCGACCCCUCUAAGGGUGCCCAUCAGGCCCAGGGAAGAGUACCAGGUCCAGCAGCAGCAGAUGAUGGCCCCGCGGCAGCAGUACCUCAUGCCACCGCCGCAACAGCCGGUGCUCAUGAGACGGAACGGGAGCAACCCCAACCCAUUCCAGCCUCCGCCGCCUCCUCCUGGAUUUCAGGCCAAUCCACCUCCUCCGCCACCGGUAGAGGAGCCACCCCAGCCGGGCUUCCAGUCGGUCGGAGGCUACAGCGCCUCCCGCAACCAUGAGACGUACGCGCCGGGCCCUCAAGGGGGACCGUCUCCCUUCAACCCGCCUCCGCCUCAGGCGUACCCACCGCCUCCUCGCUACGACCCGGUCGACUCCCAGCGUGGACUUCUGCACCCUUCGUCAGAGUCCGCGUACCCGCACAAAGACCGAAGCGGCUUCGAAAUCCACGCCGGUGAUUCGUACGGCGGCCACAGCGCCAGCAGCGGCGGCGGCCACGGCAAGGGCAUCACCUUCACCAUCGGAGGUGGUCACGGGGACCACGGAAGCAGUCACCACCACGACUACGGGGUGAGCCCGAUGGGCGUCAUCAAGAACCUCUUCCUGCCUUUCUUGCCUAAGCCCAAGGUGAAUCUCAACGGCAGGGUGGUGUUUGGAGUUGUGCUCGAGAAGGGCGUGGGGCUUGGACACAACCAGCACGGGCACCACCAAGUCCAGCACGCGGUAGCGUAUCACCGUUGA